GAAUGCGGAAACGAAAGUCAUUCUUCAGAAAAGUGUUGAAAUUUCAUCGAUUUUAUCAAUAAACUACGAUCAUACGCAAAACGAGUUGAUCAGCACUCGGUCUGCUUUAGGAUCUGUGAACUGUUAGAAGUUGUUCAUGCCACAGGUUGACUGACUGAAAUUUUUGAUGCACCAUGUCUUAUUCCUUUGAAAAUCAGAUUCGCCACUUGAUACCUAAGUACAAGCACUAUGAUACUGUGAGACGCGAUAUCUGUAGUCUGAUUGAUCAGUACUCUGAUCUUCGCCCAAAGGCGGACUUUUUUGUUUUCAAUGAUGGGCAAAGAAGAGAACUAAUCUGUUUGGAGGGGACCAUCCCUGUGCCAUACAAAGGGAAUAUUUACAAUAUCCCAAUAUGUGUGUGGCUGCUGGAGACUCAGCCUUACAAUCCACCAAUGGCCUUUGUCAAACCAACCAGUACCAUGCAAAUCAAGCCUGGCAAACAUGUUGACUCGAAUGGGCGAGUCUAUUUGCCCUAUCUUCAUGAAUGGAAGCAUCCAUCUUCAGACCUGUUUGGACUGGUGCAGAUUAUGAUUAUAGUGUUUGGUGAAGAGUGUCCUGUAUUUUCUCGAGCUGCUGCCCUGCCGGCCCGUCCUCCCUAUCCUGGGGCACAUACUGGUUCACACACCCCUUAUCCGACACCAGGUGGAGGUAUGCCCAUGCCCGUCCCAAAUCCACCAGGGGGUUAUCAGCAAUCAUAUCGACCUCCAACCAGUAGCUACCCAGGCUACCCUCCGUCAAGUUAUGGCAGUGGAGGUGGCUCAUACCCAGGAUACCCACCACCACCAUCAUCAUCAGCAUCAUCAACAGGAGGUUAUCCUUACCCAGGCUCGGCCCAACCACCUUAUCCUGGAUCAGGGGCAGGAUAUAGAUCUCAAGCAGUUACUCAGACAUCUACAUCACAUGGAAAACUACAGUCCACACCCUCUCUUAGUGAAGAUCAAAUAAAGGCUUCUUUACUCUCGGCAGUUGAGGACAAAAUGCGUAGAAGAUUGAAGGACAUAUUCAGCCAAGCAAAGGCUGAGAUAGACUCACUGAAAAAGACCCAAGAGGAUCUAAACAAAGGGAAAGCAAAGUUAGAAAGUAUGGUGCAGCGGUUGGAGAAUGAACAAUUAGAAGUGGAAAAGAAUGUCUCGACUUUGACAACUAAGAAUGCUGAGAUUCAAGAAGCAUUGGAAAGCAUGGAUAACCAGAAGGAGUUUGAUAUUGAUGAAGCCGUGGUUCCCACAGCUCCUCUUUAUAAACAAUUACUCAACUCAUUUGCUGAAGAACAGGCCAUAGAAGAUACCAUUUAUUACCUAGGUGAAGCUCUAAGGAAAGAAGUAAUAGACAUUGAUGUGUUCCUUAAACAAGUGCGUGAAUUAUCCCGACGACAAUUCAUGCUCCGUGCCCUAAUAACAAAAUGCCGACAAAAAGCUGGACUACCUGAAGUUGUCAGUGCAUAAGGAUAACUCGUAAUGUGUAACUGUCGGAAAAAGGACUUUCAUGUAUAUAAUGUGCUAUAUUUGUUUGAUAGGACCCAUUAAUGCCAUGCCAUGCCAUGCCAUGCAUUCUGUCAGCUAUGGGAAUAUUCUGAUAAUGUGUUCUCUCUCUGAAGUCUAUGGCAUCAUAAAUAUUGGAAUAUUUUAUUUGUGCAUAUGAGGAGGUGCUAUUGGGCUGUGUGAUGACAUUUCACUGCAAACAGCUGCAGUCAAUCCUAAAGUAAGGUAUCUGCACUGUAAACAAUGGUGAUUGUAAAUGGUCAUAUUUAGAGGCAGUCAUUAUCUGCCCUAUACCUGUAGAUCUGCUAUGAGCUGCACUGUCUACUCAGUUGAUUGUAGUGCACUAAGCAGCAUCUAUUUUCAUGUGGAACCUGGGGAGAACCUGGAAUCUGUAAAACUAUUCCUAACCUCAGUGCUCAUAAGGAUGUAUUGGGUGAUAGGCCAGAUGAAUACUGCCUCUAAACUCCUGCCUGUACGUCUCCCCUCAAUGAGCACUGUUUAGUUAUCUAGUUUUCACAAUGAAGUAAAAUCAUGUAGUUGUGGUAUUUUGUUGUCUGUAAUCCACGAGGCUGUUUGCUGUCAGCUGUAAACUUCACCUUUUAUGUAACGGAUAAGUAUGUACAAUGUAAACUUCAUGUGCCAAAAGGGCUUUCACAUUUGUGUCAAAUUGAAAUUUUCGUUGUUCUUUGGUUGUAACAUUCUACUGUUCAGGCAAACUCCCUGCAGUUUCUCAUUGCAUAUUCCGUCAAUUAUGAUCCUUGGGAGAUGGUGAUGUAUGAAGAUAAGCUUGGAAAGAUCACAUCGCAGUCAAAUUUGAUUUCUAUUUCAUGUAAUGUAGCAAUGCUGCCCUCAUUUAAAUUAUUUGAACAUGACAGCAGUCAUGUUUGAUGCAAAUUGUUCUGUAAAUAGUAUAUUGUUUCGCCUCUGUACAUAUUCAUCAAUUAAAAAACAGUUAUCA